AUGGCUGCACGACGCCCCCCAUCAUCCAGAUCUCGUGUAAAUUUGACCGCGAAAAACUCUAUCAGGCCACCCUCGGCCAUGGCACGAUCUCACACAACGCCCACACUCACGUCUCCCACUGAAGCAACACUGAUCAGCAGCAUUGCAUCCUCUUCUCAAAACAAAAGCACUAAAUCUCAGUCUCACCAACAGGACGACGCAGAAACCAACAUUCAAGUAGUCAUCCGCUGUCGUAGACGUUCGGAGCGCGAGGUUCAGGAAAAUUCUCCUAUCAUCAUCAGCUCGAAUGGCUCCAAGAGUCAGGACGUGACAAUAGAAACAUCUUCCCCAGUAUCGAGCUUGGGCGUCAUAACGCUCGCACCAACUCGCACCUACCCAUUUGACCUGGUCUUUGGCCCCGAAGCGGAUCAAGCUAUGAUAUAUCAUGACGUCGUGAGCCCCAUGCUGGAUGAAGUACUGAUGGGAUACAAUUGCACACUUUUUGCAUAUGGGCAAACUGGGACUGGAAAAACUUACACUAUGCAAGGUGAUUUAACACCUACGCCAAUGGGCAACCCAUCCUCCCAAGCCGGGAUGAUCCCCCGGGUUCUCUUUCGCCUUUUCCAUCAACUGGAGACAUCUUCUGCAGACUAUAGCGUUAAGAUAUCAUUCGUCGAGCUUUACAACGAGGAACUGAGAGAUCUUCUCGCAAGUGAUCUCUCUGCUCCUACAGGGAGCAUUCAACCUAUGGGGAAGGGUAACUCGGCAGACAAUCAAGGAAGCCUCAAGAUAUUCGAUGACGCCAGCAAGAAAGGCGUAUUCAUACAAGGUCUGGAAGAAAUGCCAGUCAAAGAUGCAAGCGACGCUUUGGCUCUCCUUACAAAAGGCAGUCACCGCAGGCAAAUUGCAGCUACCAAAUUCAACGACCACUCUAGUCGAUCUCACUCAGUAUUCUCGAUCACCGUGCAUAUGAAAGAAACAUCAGCUAUGGGAGACGACCUGCUUAAAGUCGGCAAGCUUAACCUUGUCGAUUUGGCAGGAUCUGAGAACAUUGGACGAUCAGGUGCAGAAAACAAAAGAGCAAAAGAAGCUGGAAUGAUCAAUCAAAGCUUACUUACUCUGGGACGUGUAAUUAAUGCUUUGGUUGAUCGAUCAUCACACGUCCCUUAUCGAGAGUCAAAGUUGACACGCCUUCUUCAAGAUUCACUGGGAGGUCGGACAAAAACAUGCAUCAUCGCAACCAUAUCGCCAGCGCGGUCAAAUAUGGAAGAAACGUUAUCCACAUUGGACUACGCAAUGCGUGCCAAGUCGAUCCGCAACAAACCUGAAGUAAAUCAGCGCAUGACUCGAAACUCCCUCCUGAAAGAAUACGUGGCUGAAAUAGAACGUCUCAAAGCUGAUGUCCUUGCUGCACGCGAAAAGAACGGGAUUUUCUUUUCCGAGGAAACUUGGAACCAGAUGAGUGCUGAACAAGAACUCAAACAGACAGAAAUGGAGGAAGCGAAGAAACAGGUCGAAAUCGUGGAAAGCCAAUUGAGAAGCGUUAGGGAGGAAUUCGAGCAGAGCAUUGGUUUGCUGAUGAAGAGAGACGGAGAACUGAAAGUGACAAGAGAGAAGCUGAAAGAAGCAGAGGGAGAACUUGAAGUGAAAGAUGGUCAAUUGCAAGUUGUUAAAGGUGCACUGGAGGAAGAGAUAAUAGUACGACAAGCAUAUCAGGCCAACGAAGGCAAGCUGGACGGUGUAGCCUUGGGGCUGAAGCAGGUUGCUACAGAGAGUAUCUGCGACGUUAGCAGCUUGUUCGAUAAACUCCAGCGAAAGACAAAAACUUUUCAUACUAACUCGAAGGCGGUAACGACUCAUGGCAAGAUUAUUACGGGAGAAGUUCAAGUCCUUUCUGCCAAACUUGACGAGUUCAUCAAGACAUCAGCACACAAUGCACAGAAACUUCAGACCGAAGCGAGACAAUUCCAAACCAAAGAACUUGAAACUCUCACAAGCCACUCACAACGCAUCGACCAGCAGUUACAGCGCUUACAAGACUAUUUGAAGACCAUACAAUCCAAAGAUGAAGCAUCCUCUGAGGGAAUAGCCGCAACGCAACGUGCUGCCCAAGAGAUGCAGGGAAACCUCAGAGCUACUUUCGAUGGAUGGUCAGAAUCCUUGCGCGCCAGUUGUGAUGUUAUGUGUCAGGAACUUUAUUCCUCAGCCCUAAGUGACUAUGCUACAGCUGAAGAUAUGUUCAAAGCGAUGGGCAUGCUCAUCGAUACCAUCGUCCAGCAAGCUCUUGACUUCGUACGACUAGAAGGCGAGGCAACGUCAGACACAAGAGUGCUUGUCGAUGAUAUGGUCAAAGCCGAGAUAACGCGAAUUCGAGAGCAAAAUACGAGCUUGGUGCGUGCGUUGGAGACCGAGAAGGUCAGGUCCGAGAAAGCGAAGGACGAGCUUGUUCAACGCGUUUCUGGGUUGCUCGGAGAGUUUGUUGCUGUUAGAGAUAAAGAACUGCGACAAACCUGUGGGGCGUUUCUGGAUGAAAAUGUCAAGGGCGAGGAAGACCUGAGCAAAUUUAGCCAACGUCAUGAGGCAUUAUCAUCGGAGAUUUCUACUCAAGAAGCUGAAGCAACCACAUCAUUUGAGCGAAGACGAGCAGAAGGGAAGAGAACAAGAGAUGGAGCACUCAAGCAUAUGGAUCUAGCGAAAGCAACCCUCAAGAAUAGUCUUUCUGGUUUACAGGGCUCUGUAUCUACAUCCACAACUACCUUCUCAGGAGAAAUCCAACGUAAUGGGCAGAGUUUCGAUGUGGCUUUCAACAGCGGUCUUGACCGUCACAAACGUGCUAAAAGAGCACGAAUAGAAAGCACGAAUGCUAUGGCCACCGAUGUGCAAUCGGAUAUGCGCCAUUUGCAGCGUGGGAUGGCCUCUAGUUCCCGAAACGUAGAAGGGUUUGUAGGGCGGGUUCUUUCAGAGAGUACAGGUAUUGCAGAAAUUACGGAGAAGCACCACCACUCCGCGAGCUCGAAAUUGUCCACCUUACAGCAAACCGCGCAAUCACUUGUCGAGCAAGGAACCCGUGAAGACAUACCUACUGGUUUGACACCUCGGAAACGCGUUUGGGAGGUCAUUGAUAAAUGGGAACUGACCCAAAGUCGUGACGCUCUUAUGAAAGCUUGGAAGAAGGACGGAUCACCUAAUCUCGUCUACGGUAACGACAAUACCAUCUUUACAGUCCAUACCCUUGGAGACUAAAAAGAUUAUAACGAACAAAUCGUCUAUCCCAUCCAAGGGCGCAUUGACAGAUAAAUCAACGAACAUUAUUGGGACUCGUGGAUUAAGGAAGCUUAGAUGAUAGAUUACGAUUAGCUACCUGUAUUCUUAUAGCAUUACUGUACCAUAGAGCCCUCUAUUAAGCAUAUCUUAUCGCCUUCCC